CUCAUAUCUCCUUCCGCCCCGCAAAGAUCUCCGUUGAAUAGCUCUUCUUUGUGCCCAACAAUCCUUUGUUCAAUCUAUCUUAGAUCUGUUUUUUGUCUUCACCUUUUUUCCAACACAAAUUCCUCGCCUCUGGUCCUUGCACAUUCGUUCCCAUCGCCUGGUCCUAGAGCUCCGAUUGCUGCUCUCAUCUCCGAGAAGCUUCAUUCAACUGAGCCAACCCUCCGCCCGCCACAUAUACAACCUCCAGCUUCCGCCAUUAUGUCUGCUGAGAGCACGGAGUUGAAGGAGGAGCAGAUUCCCCCUCAGGAGGAGGGUCUUGACGAUGAGGAGGAGAUUGCCGCGAUGAAGCGCCGGGUCGCUGAGAUGGAAUCCGAGGCUGCCAAGUUGCGCGACAUGCAAGAGACGCUGGACCAGCAGUCAGAGGGUCUCCAGGAAAACAAAGAAGACAUUGAUGCGCGGAGUAUAUUCGUCGGAAAUGUUGAUUACGGUGCUUCGCCCGAGGAGAUCCAGGCGCAUUUCCAGAGCUGCGGUUCUAUCAACCGGGUGACUAUCUUGUUGGACAAAUUCUCCGGCCAGCCGAAGGGGUAUGCCUACGUGGAAUUUGCUGAGCCCAGUCUCGUGGCCCAGGCUUUGGUUCUGAAUGAGAGUGUCUUCCGUGGCCGCAACCUGAAGGUCACUCCCAAGCGUACCAACCUCCCUGGCAUGACCCGCGGUCGUGGACGGGGUGGAUUCCGUGGCGGCCGUGGGCGUGGUGGUCCCCGUGGCAGCUACCGGGGUGGAUAUCGGGGUCGGGGUCGUGGCUAUGCUCCCUACUAAGCGCCGUGGCUUAGCAAUGCAGCUUUACUCGAACAAUAUCACUUCUGGAUGCCCUAUGUCCGCAGGGACACGGGGACGAAGAGGGAUUGGGUGGGCACAAGAAAGGAUAUGGAUCAGCCCCACAACAUCUCAUCCGAAUGUCCCGGCGGCACUUGGCUUCCCAGUUCCUCUCGCUCUCUCUCUCUCCCUCUCUCUCUUUCUCUCCUGCAAGUUUUCAAAUGGGACAUGAACUGGUUGGUUCUCUCUGCCACUGGGUACAUCUGGGCCGGUGUAUGCGUGGCUUUGGAGUUGUGGGUCAAAUGGAUGUACAAUAACCGCCGGGCCCAUCAAGCGCGGCCCUCUUAUGAUGAUGGGGUGGCUUGGGGCAAUUUAGGAAAUGAUGGGGAUAUUAUUUUACUUUUUUGUAUCUGUCUUUCUUUUUUACACCAGAUAAUUGACAAUUAGAUAUAUCAGCUGAUAGUACUCCGUAU